AAUCAAACGAAAAUAGUAUAAAGGCUUCGAUUUUCAGAUUUAGCGUCAGUUCCACCAAAUAGCCGUUCUACGCCCUCAACCGACGAUCUCCUCCUUAAAAAGCCAUGAUGCUUGCAGUCGCUUUACUAUGUCUGCUUGUCGGAACAGCGGUUGGCACAUUCCCGAUGACGGGCGGAAGUUCAAUGAUGGGCGGGCGUUCAAUGAUGGGAAGUUCCAUAUACAGCCCCGGAUAUAGUAUGGGCGGAAGUUCGAUGUACAGCCCCGGGUACUCCAUGAUGGGCGGAACUAUGGGCAGUAAUUCGAUGUACAACCCCAGUUACAGCAUGAUGGGAGGACGAAUGGGCGGAAGUUCAAUGUACAGACCCAGUUACAACAUGAUGGGAGGAGGCAUGAGCGGAAGUUCAAUGUACUACCCCAGUUACAGCAUGAUGGGAGGAGGUAUGGGCGGAAGUUCGAUGUACAACCCCAGUUACAGCAUGAUGGGAGGAGGUAUGGGCGGAAGUUCGAUGUACUACCCCGGUAUGAUGACAGGGGGUAUGGGCGGAAGUUCGAUGUACUACCCCAGUUAUAACACGAUGGGAGGAGGUAUGGGCGGAAGCUCGAUGUACAGACCCAGUUACAGCAUGAUGGGAGGAGGUAUGGGCGGAAGCUCUAUGUACAACCCCAGUUACAGCAUGAUGGGAGGAGGUAUGGGCGGAAGUUCUAUGUACAACCCGAGCUACAGCAUGAGUGGCGGAUCUUCUUACCCAUACAUGGGAGGAAACGUUGGAGGAGGUGGCAGAAGUGUAUCCAUAAUUAAGAAACGUGGAGGAUCCUACUAGACACUGGUACCCGGACACGACCGGCCAUACGCUUC